GUACAUAUCCUUUCCCUCCCUCGCUCCCUCCUUCUCUAUUCUCAUAUCUGCAAAAUUCUGUUUCCCCAAAACGACGUCGAAUCACAAAACCCCAAUCCAAUUCCCCCAAAACCUCGCCAAUGCGAUUCGCUCGCGACCUUGCAUGAGCGUGCGUUCGUUCGUUCCGCAUUUCGAACAGAAAAACCAAUGGCGGAGGAGAAGCGGUUCCGCGUCGGAUACGCUUUAGCGCCCAAGAAGCAAAACAGCUUCAUCCGAGACUCGCUCGUUAAUCUCGCGAGAUCUCGCGGCAUAGACCUGGUUCGGGUGGACCCGACCCUCAACCUAACGGAUCAGGGCCCAUUCGAUUGCGUCCUGCACAAGCUCUACGGCGACGAUUGGAAGCGCCAGCUAACGGAAUUCACCGCCAACUACCCUAAUGCGGUCAUCCUGGACUCGCCGGAAUCGAUCGAGAGGCUCCACAACCGGAUUUCGAUGCUGCAGGUCGUGUCGGAGCUGAGAAUCGAAGACCCGAGCGAGACCUUUGGGAUUCCGGAGCAGACUGUGAUAUACGACAAGGAGACGCUUGUCGACCAGCGGAGCUGGGAGGCGCUGAAGUUUCCGGUGAUCGCGAAGCCGCUGGUGGCCGACGGCAGCGCGAAGUCGCACAAAAUGGCGCUGGUUUUCAACCACGACGGGUUGAAUUCGCUGAAGCCGCCGGUGGUGGUGCAGCAGUUCGUGAACCACGGCGGCGUGAUCUUCAAGGUGUACGUGGUCGGGGAGCGCGUGCGGUGCGUGAAGCGGAAGUCCUUGCCGGACGUGGAGGAGGAGGAGUUGGUUAGGGUUUCGGAGGACUUGUUGUCGUUCUCGCAGGUGUCGAAUUUGGCCACCGAUGAGAGAAUCGACGAUAGGUAUUAUAAGAAGAUGCAGUUGGAUGAUACCGAAAUGCCUCCCCUGAGCUUCGUUACUCAGAUAGCUCGGGGGUUGAGGCGCGUGAUGAGGCUCAACCUGUUUAAUUUCGAUGUUAUUAGGGAUUCCCGAUGUGGGAAUCGUUACCUUAUUGUUGAUAUCAAUUACUUCCCCGGGUAUGCAAAAAUGCCCGGUUAUGAGUCUGUUAUGACAGACUUUUUCUGUGAUGUGUUGUGCAAGAAACAGCAAUGGGGUGAUGAGUCUGAGGACUGUUCCGGGAAUGCUGGUUUUGACAGUGUGGUGGUGCAUGGUUGUGACAAAGACGCGAGGAGGAUCAUGAGCAAUACUUGUGGUGACGAGGAUGAGGGUAGCCUUCAAGUGUCGCCACUGGUGGAAGAGAAAGAGAGUUCUGUUCAAGUAUGAAGUUUUUGUGUUCAAUAAUGUGUGUCUCAUUUUGUUGCAAUGUCAUUAAUUGGUAUUUUUUUGGGUAACCAGAAUUUGCUCAAUGGACCCAUUAGCCAAUUGGUGGGUAGUAGUGGUACUGGGUAGGCAUGAGUUGCACAUUCUAUUUAGGCAGCAGUCGAGAGUGCUGAAAAUUAGAUGGUUUUUUGUGACUAGUUUAACCUCUUAACAUGUAUAUUCCUUCUACCAUUGCUUUUGGAGAUAGGUGCUUCUCAGAUUCCCUGAAGCUUUAGGAAAGAUGUAUUUUGAGGUUUAAGUUCAUGCUGGAAACUCUUUUACUUUGUGGUUUAGCCUUUUAACUCGAUGAUGCCUUAAUUCUUCAUUUUGUUAAUUUUAUUCUCUUUUUGGACUUUAUUAAUUGUCCCUGAUUCUCUUAUUCA